UAUCCAAUCAGUGUGCGGCAGGAAGACCGAGCGGAAGUGUGACUUUGUUUACAGGUGUCACGGAGGAUGUUAGCUAUGAGUGUCCGGAGAGCGGCUCCGUGGGGGGUCGGGGCUGCCUGGACUCCGAGGGCUGUGCUGCGCCAGGUCAGUUCAUUACCUGUAUACUCCUUCCCUUCGGCGGUAAAGGUUGUUGAGGUUGGACCUCGGGAUGGAUUACAGAAUGAGAAGACAAAUGUACCAACAGAAGUGAAAAUCAACCUCAUUAACAUGCUAUCCGAAUCUGGAUUGAAAUCAAUUGAAGCAACAAGCUUUGUAUCUCCAAAAUGGGUUCCUCAGAUGGCAGAUCAUGUAAAAGUUAUGCAUGGAAUAAAGAAGUAUCCCAGUGUCAGCUAUCCUGUCCUAACUCCAAACCUCACUGGAUUCCAGGCAGCGGUUGAAUGUGGUGCCAAAGAAGUGGCCAUAUUUGGAGCAGCUUCUGAACUUUUUAGUAAAAAGAAUAUUAACUGCACCAUAGAAGAAAGCUUGCAGAGGUUCAAGGCCGUUACUGACGCAGCUAAAGAAGCCAAUAUACCUGUGCGAGGGUAUGUGUCUUGUGUUCUUGGCUGCCCAUAUGAAGGGAAAAUAUCACCAAGUAAAGUAGCAGAGGUGGCACACAAGAUGUUCUCUAUGGGUUGCUAUGAGAUUUCCUUAGGGGACACAAUUGGUGUGGGGACACCAGGCAGUAUGAGAGACAUGUUGACUGCUGUCCUAGAUGUUGUUCCAUCUAAAGCCUUAGCUGUUCACUGCCAUGACACGUAUGGACAAGCUCUGGCCAAUAUUCUUGUAGCUCUGCAGAUGGGAAUACAUGUGGUGGAUUCCUCGAUUGCCGGCUUGGGAGGAUGUCCUUAUGCACAAGGAGCUUCGGGAAAUGUGGCCACGGAAGAUGUGGUUUACAUGCUUCAGGGCCUUGGCAUUCACACGGGCAUUGACUUGAGGAAGCUAACAGAGGCUGGAACAUAUAUAUGCACUGCUCUAGGAAGGAGAAGUAAUUCAAAAGUAGCUCAAGCGACAUCCAAACUAUGACCAGCAAAACCAAUGCAGUAUGCACUCUGUAUACAGUAAUACCUCCAGUGAGAUAAUUGACUUGGGGCUCUGGAUCUCACUAUCCUGGUGUAUGGAAGAUCUUCUGCUUUCCAGCAUAUGACUUGGCAGAUUAUGCAUCCUUGCCAAGCAAUUCUAACUUGGCUGCUAGAAAAGAACUUGUCUAAAAAAGCAGGCCAGUGCAGUUAUCACAGCAUAAUUAAAAUACAUUUCUAUAGGAAGUCUGUACUAAAAAAAAUCCAUUGCUGACUUUCUUCUAAAAAAUGCUAGAUGUUGGAUGUCGCUGUUGUUGGCACUUUCUGAUCAACUAACCUGGAAUAAAUAUUCAGUAACUCCUU